AUGGUUGAAGAUUCUCUGAGAAAACCGGUCAAUGUUCGUCGAUUCUACGAAUCAUUCCUCUGGAAACAAAACGAAUUCACCAAUCAGGACUACAAAAUCAAUUAUCGAGUGGAAGGACCCAAAGAUGGUCCUCCUGUUCUGCUGGUACAUGGAUUCGGUGCCAACAUUAACCACUUCAGAUUCCAGUUCCCAGCCCUGGUCAACGAAGGAUAUCGAGUCUACGCCAUUGACUUGUUAGGAUUUGGAGGAAGCGAAAAACCAUCGGAUGCCAACUACUCCAUUGACUUAUUCGUCCAAUUACUGCAUGAUUUCGUCAUGGACAUGGAUCCAAACCAAAAGUGGAUCGCUGCUGGAAACUCCAUUGGCGGACUCUGCUGUUUAGGACUAGCUGACAAACACCACGACUACCAUGACGAUAGCAACAACAACAACAACAACAACAACAAUAAUCUGGUACGAGCAGUCGUUCUGUUUAAUACGUCGGGGGGCAUGAGUAGCUUUCGCUAUGAUCAGAUCCCGUGGUUUGCAAGGCCCAUCAUGUGGAUGGUACAAAACUUUGUUCUAAAACAUCCAGAACGAGGGGGCAAAUUCUUUGAAAGUUUCAAAACGCGAGAAAAUGUCGAAAGCAUCCUCAUGACCACGGGUGUCUAUGGAAAUACCACCAACGUGGACGAAGAGUUGUUGGAGAUUCUACUCGGUCCCGCGGACGAUGAAGGAGCUCGCGAUGUCUUUUUAAAAGUAUUUGGAGGAGACCCUGGGCGGACUCCAGAAUCCUAUCUGGCUCGUAUCGACUGUCCGGUCUUGGCGCUUUGGGGCGAAGCCGAUCCUUGGACUGUCAUUGCCAUGGGCGAAGCGUUGGGACAACACUCCGAACACUUCAGGUUGGAGAAAUUGCCAGGGGCUGGACACUGCCCCCAUGAUGAAGCGCCAGAGUUGGUUCAUGAAAUUAUGCUGCCGUGGUUGAGGGAUAUAGUACAUGAAACGAGCCAACAACCAUCCAUGAAGAAAAACAGCACCGGAGUGUCUCUUUGA